AACCGCCAUUAAACCAAAGAAGAAGAAGAAGAAUUACUCGACACAAGCCUGGAAACCUCAGCACAUUUCCUCCCAUCACUAACUGAACGGUUGAUAGCGCGACCUCCUGUACUGUAGAAUGUAGUAUGGACCAUAGGACAGGACGUUAAGGAGCUGUGGAGGCCUAAGAUGCUCUACUAGUCUGCUGGAAAUCCAAAGAAGACGAAGGAGUAAAAAGCAAAAUGGCGUUUGACAGAGAAGGUCGAAACGUGGCCACUGGCCAUUAUUGUUUCUCUAUUUGUAUUUAGUGCAUACAUGUACGCAUAUAUGUCGUGUAGUAGAUGGAACAUUGUUAGUCAUUGUUUGUAUCCGGAUACAUUAGUCUGAGCGCACUUUAUCGCGUCUUGUGCUAGCUUAGCUUGCUAGUUAGCUUAGCUUGUUAGCUGCUAACAAAGAGACGCGGACGUUAUCAACACAUCGCUAAGUAGAGAUCAAAUGUGAGUGUCAAGUGUUGUGAUUGUGUGAAAAUGUGCGAAAGAACGAUAGCAAAGUAUGAGGAGGACCUUUGUCCAACAAAAGAGGAGAAGGAGCGACAACAUCAACUACAGGACGCUGUUUUCAAGAAACAUCAAGUUGUGUUACACAGAACAGACGUCCAGCAGCCCCCCCACAUUAAAGAGGAAGAGGAGGAAUGUUGGAUCACUCAGGAGGGAGAGUGUCUUCUAGGGCAGGAGGAGGCUGAUCUCACCAAGUUUCCACUGACUGUUGUCUCUGUGAAGACUGAAGAGCAUGAAGACAAACCACCUGAGUCCUCACAGCUUCAUCACAGUCCAAACCUUGAUGAAGAAACUCUACCUCAUGAGCAGGAGGAGGAACCACAGUCCCCCCACAUACACGAGAAAGAAGAGGUGCCACAUUCACAACAUAUUAAAGAGGGAGGGAAGGAACCACAUCCCCCCCACAUUAAAGAGGAAGACCAGACGCCACAGACCCACAGUUUUAAACUGACCCUUUACAUGAAAGGGCAAGCGGAGGACCCACUGAUCUUACGCAUCAAAAAUGAAGAGGAGGACCCACUGACCCCUCACUUUAAAGAGGAAGAGGAGGACCCACUGACCCCCUACUUUAAAGAGGAAGAGGAGGACCAAGAGCUGCUGCACAUUAAAGAAAUAGAGGAGGAACACAGCAUCAGUCAGGAGGGAGAGCAGCUUGACUGGUUGGAGGAGUUCCCAGUGACUGGUGUCCCUGUGAAGAGUGAAGAUGAUGAGGUCAAAGGUGAAAGUGAGGAGACGAGAGAGGCGGAGCCUCCAAGCAGCAGCUCAACACAACACAUGACAACAGAAGCUGAUGGAGACCACUGUGGAGGAUCACAAGCAGACAAGCUCUUAGCUCCACUAUCAGAUAGUGAGGACACAACGUCACACUCUCCUGACGCUGAUGAUGAAGACUCUAAAGAUGAUAAGACAUGUCACACUGACAACACCCACUUCAAAUGUUCUCACUGUGACAAAACCUUCAACUGCAGCAGUGGUCUUAAUAGACACAUGAGAACACACACUGGAGAAAAACCUUUUAUUUGUUCAAUCUGUGGUAAAGGUUUUGCUCAAAGUUCAUGUAGGGAAAAACACAGAAAAAUACACACUGGAGUAAAACCUUUUAUCUGCUCAAUCUGUAGUAAAGGUUUUGUACUAAGGCACCAUUUGAAAAGUCACAUGAGCACACACACUGGUGAAAAACCUUUUCCUUGCUCAGAAUGUGGUAAAUGUUUUGUAACAAGUCAGAGUUUGAAGUUACACAUGAGAACACACACUGGAGAAAAACCCUUUUCUUGCUCAGAAUGUGGUAAAUGUUUUGUAACAAGUACGAGUUUGAAAGUACACAUGAGAACGCACACUGGAGAAAAACCUUUUACUUGCUCAGAAUGUGGUAAAUGUUUUAUAAAAACUCAGACUUUGAAAUUACACAUGAGAACACACACUAAAGAAAAACCUUUUCCUUGCUCAGAGUGUGGUAAAUGUUUUUUGGCAAGUCAGAGUUUUAAAUUACACAUGAGAACACACACUGGAGAAAAACCUUUUACUUGCUCAGAAUGUGGUAAAUGUUUUGUAAAAAGUCAUAGUUUGAAAGUACACAUGAGAACACACACUGGUGAAAAACCUUUUUCUUGCUCAGAAUGUGGUAAAUGUUUUGUAACAAGUCAGGGUAUGAAAUUACACAUGAUAACACACAGUGGAGAAAAGCCUUUUUGUUGCUCAGAAUGUGGUAAAUGUUUUGUAAAAAGUCAGAGUUUGAAAUCUCACAUGAGAGUACAUACCGGAGAAAAACCUUUUAUCUGUUCAAUCUGUGGUAUAGGUUUUGCACAAAGGUCAGGUGUGGACAAUCACAGAAGAAUACACACUGGAGUAAAACCUUUUAUCUGUUCAAUCUGUAGUAAAGGUUUUGUACAAAGUCACCAUUUGAAAAGACACAUGAGAACACACACUGGUGAAAAACCAUAUAUCUGUUCAAUCUGUAGUAAAGAUUUUGUACAAAGUCAACAUUUGAAAGUUCACAUGAGAACACACACUGAUGAACAAUCCAAACACACAGGACAGAAAGUGUUGAGUUGCGGUGUGUGUGGUGAAAGAUUCUCUCAUAAGUACCAGUGUAAGAAACACAAGUGUGCUGGUGAGAACAGCAGUGGUGGACAGUACCGCCUCUGGGAAGAGGAGCUUCUUCCCCAGGUCGACCUCCAUCUCCCAACCCUGGGCCAACUGCAGGAAGUUUUGCUUGGCUUGGCCUUGGAUAACUGGUCUAUGACCCUCUUUCACGAAGAUGUCGGCGAGCAUUGCCAACACCCUGUCAUGGCGCCACCUGUAUCUUCCCUGGGUCAAUGCUGUUUUGCACCCAGAAAGAAUGUGCGCCAUAGUUCCUUGACCGCCACACAACCUGCACAGCAGGUCCUCCCUCAUUCCCCACCUAUGCAAGUUGACUGGGGUCGGCAGGGUGUCGUAUACUGCUCGGAGCAGAAACGAGAUACGAAACGGCUCCAGCCUCCACAGUUCACUCCACGUCACGGUCCUCUUGGGAAGGUUCCACCUUGUCCAGGCACCUUGGGUUGCGAGCUCGACGGCUUUAGCUAUUCUUCCUUCUUCCUCAAGGAGUGGACUUGGACCACUGCUGGAAAUGUGAUGUUCCUAGACCCUGUCUUCCAGUGCAAGGGCUUCCGAUGCCAUGACAAAGAUAAAGAAAAGGUCAAGAAGGACAAAGGAGAUAAACGUGACAAAACGGAGAAAAUCAGAGACCUGUAUGGUGGGAGGGGAAGCUUACCUUUUGACAAAGAGCCAAUGCCCUUAGAGGCUGAUCCUUACACAUUCCCAUACGGCGGCAAAGGAGAUGGCGAAGAUGAUUUUGAUAAGACAUUGGAAUUCGAAAAAGAGAUGUCCAAAAAGGAUAAAGCAACCGGUGUCAUCAGUGAUCGAAUGAAGGACAAAAAGAAGAAGUGGGGCUCAGAGGUGUCCUCAGACUUUUCCCUCUCUGGAGAAGACAGCUGGGGUGCUCCUGUCAAAGAGUACAAGGAAUACAACGCUAAUAAUUCUAGUGUAAAGUGUUGUGAUUGUGUGAAAAUGUGCGAAAGAACGAUGGCAAAGUAUGAGGAGGAACUUUGUCCAACAAAAGAGGAGAAGGAGCGACAACAUCAACUACAGGACGCUGUUUUCAAGAAACAUCAAGUUGUGUUACACAGAACAGACGUCCAGCAGCCCCCCCACAUUAAAGAGGAAGAGGAGGAAUGUUGGAUCACUCAGGAGGAAGAGUGUCUUCUAGGGCAGGAGGAGGAUGAUCUCACCAAGUUUCCACUGACUGUUGUCUCUGUGAAGACUGAAGAGCAUGAAGACAAACCACCUGAGUCCUCACAGCUUCAUCACAGUCCAAACCUUGAUGAAGAAACUGUACCUCGUGAGCAAAAGGAGGAACCACAGUUCCCCCACAUACACGAGAAAGAAGAGGUACCACAUUCACAACACAUUAAAGAGGGAGGGAAGGAACCACAUCCCCCCCACAUUAAAGAGGAGGACGAGACGCCACAGAUCCAUAGUUUUAAACUGACCCUUCACAAGAAAGGGCAAGCGGAGGACCCACUGAUCUUACGCAUCAAAAAUGAAGAGGAGGACCCACUGACCCCUCACAUUAAAGAGGACGAGGAGGACCCACUGACCCCCUACUUUAAAGAGGAAGAGGAGGACCAAGAGCCGCCGCACAUUAAAGAAAUAGAGGAGGAACACAGCAUCAGUCAGGAGGGAGAGCAGCUUGACUGGUUGGAGGAGUUCCCAGUGACUGGUGUCCCUGUGAAGAGUGAAGAUGAUGAGGUCAAAGGUGAACGUGAGGAGAAGAGAGAGGCGGAGCCUCCAAGCAGCAGCUCAACACAACACAUGACAACAGAAGCUGAUGGAGACCACUGUGGAGGAUCACAAGCAGACAAGCUCUUAGCUCCACUAUCAGAUAGUGAGGACACAACGUCACACUCUCCUGACACUGAUGAUGAAGAUUCUAAAGAUGAUAAGACAUGUCACACUGACAACACUCGCUUGAAAUGUUCUCACUGUGACAAAACUUUCAACCGCAGUAGUGAUCUUAAUAGACACAUGAGAACACACACUGGAGAAAAACCAUUUUCCUGCUUAGAAUGUGGCAAAUGUUUCGUAGAAAGUCGAAAUUUGAAAUUACACAUGAGAACACACACCGGAGAAAAACCUUUUAUCUGUUCAAUCUGUGGUAAAGGUUUUGCUCAAAAAUCAUGUAUGGAAAAACACAGAAGAAUACACACUGGAGUAAAACCUUUUAUCUGUUCAAUCUGUAGUAAAGGGUUUGUACAAAGUCACCAUUUGAAAAGACACAUGAGAACACACACUGGUGAAAAACCUUUUUCUUGCUCAGAAUGUGAUAAAUGUUUUGUAACAAGUCAGAAUUUGAAAUUACACAUGAGAACACACACUGGAGAAAAGCCUUUUUGUUGUUCAGAAUGUGGUAAAUGUUUUGUAAAAGGUCAGAGUUUGGAAGUACACAUGAGAACACACACUGGAGAAAAACCUUUUACCUGUUCAAUCUGUGGUAUAGGUUUUGCACAAAGGUCAUGUAUGGAAAAUCACAGAAGAAGACACACUGGAGUAAAACCUUUUAUCUGUUCAAUCUGUAGUAAAGGUUUUGUACAAAGUCACCAUUUGAAAAGACACAUGAUAAUACACACUGGUGAAAAACCCUUUAUCUGUUCAAUCUGUAGUAAAGAUUUUGUACAACGUCACCAUUUGAAAGUACACAUGAUAACACACACUGGUGAAAAACCCUUUAUCUGUUCAACCUGUGGUAAAGGUUUUACACAAAGUUGCGCUUUAAAAGUACACAUGAGAGCGCACACUGGCAAAAAACCUUUUUCCUGUUCGAUCUGUGGUAAAGGUUUUGCAGAAAGUCCAUAUUUGAAAAGGCACACUAGAACACACACUGGUGAACAAUCCAAACACAAAAGACAGAAAGUGUUGAGUUGCAGUGUGUGUGGUGAAAGAUUCUCUUAUAAGUACCAGUGUAAGAAACACAAGUGUGCUGGUGAGAACAGCAGCAGCAAAUGAAACUGCAGGAUUUGAAAUAAACUGUCAAGACUUUAAUUUAGAUUUUCUGACAUCAGCACAUAUAACAUGUGUGACAUUGUUGUUUGUGUAACAAUCUUUUUAAUAUGCUUCUACAUUUAUAGAUUAAAUAUUUCAUAUUAGUGCUUUUUUUCAGUCAAGUACAUGCAUUAAUAUGCAACAGUGUACUUUUACUAAAAAUUUAACAGAACAAUUUGACUGAAAAGGUGAGAGUAAACAAUACAAGACAUAUUUUAUGUAUGUAUAUAUAUUCAUGAUACAUUUUUAGACUUAUUCACAAUAGUGUUUUUUUUUUUUUAGGUGUUUGGAAUAUGGAAGUGUGACAUAUUUUUCUUUGUAAUUGUUAAAGAUCCCAUAGAUUAGCACAUUAAAAUGAUAUACAUAUGUACUGGUUCACAUCUGAAACAUCUUCUGGACCACUUCAGGAAGCAUAUUAUUAUUUACUUUAUACAUCAUUUGAACUUUUUUGUCUUUUAUAGAAUUUUAAAAUGUGUGACUUUAUGAAUCAUUUGUUGGGUCUCUAUAAUCAAUUGUAUUAAUGAUCUUUAUUACUCUCUUUUGUAAUACGUUGAUUGUGUUGUGAUUGUUUUAUAUGUAUGUCCCCAGACCUUUAUGCAAUAUAAAAGUGAGAGAAAAUGGCUGAAUUGUUUGUGGAAGGAUGGUUUUGUUUUUACAAACUUAAAUUUGUGGAUGAAACAAAAACUCCCAUUAUUUUGUUAUAAACAUUUUUU